GCACUACCGCCAGUCGUAUCAAAACCACCACUGGGCACACACACACCACGGCGUCCCCUGCCGUGGCACCAGCAGUACUGGAUCUCGCCCGCAGACCCGCACGCGCAUCCGCCUCCCUCCCUCCACCGGUGAAUGCCACCGCCCCCGCCCGCCGCCGACGCCCACUGAGCGAGCGAGCGAGCCCGCGGCCAAUGGCGCGCUCCCGCCGGCCCCGCACGCCGCAGGCCAAGUCCCCGCCGCCCAGAUCGAGGGAGCCGGCCGCGGUCGCUGCGGCUUCCCCGGGGCCCGCCUCUCGCCCCCGCCCCCGCCGCCGGCUGCGCGUGCAGAGCCCCUCCCUGGCGGCGUCCGCGCGCCGCGUGGCGGCCGCGCCGCCCGCCACCCCGCCGCUCCGCUGGCCCGGGGACGCCGCCGCGCGUGUCGGCGCGGGGGCCGCCUCCGUGAGGAAGAUCGCCGCGGCGCUCUGGCGGGUCCACCCGGUGCCCGAGGAACCGCGGCGACGGCCCGAGCCUAACCCGAAGCCUCUGCAUACGCCGGAUCGGUGCAAUUACUACAAAGCUGUCCUGGAAGGCAGGUCAGGAAGAAAACCUCUUGGCAACGGCAGCAUUCAUGAGGUGGGAGCUUACUCUCCAUCACCUCGAAUCGAAAUGGAGGUGGCAACCAAGUGGGACCGUCGUUGCUUGAACACGUCGAGGGAUGCUGACUGCGAUUCCUUUGAUCGUUAUCCAGUGAGUGCUGAUGCAGAAAUCUCUGCACUAAGAGCAGAGCUUAUGCAGGCUCACAACAGGAUUCAUGAGCUUGAAGCUGAGAGUCGGUCUGCAAAGAAGAAGCUUGAUCACAUGUUAAGGAGCCUUUCUGAGGAAAAGGCUUCCUGGAAGAGCAGGGAGCAUGACAAGGUUCGAGACAUCUUUGAUGGUGUUAAAGAGAGUCUGAACCGGGAGAGGAAGAACCGACAAAGGGCAGAAAUUAUGAAUUCCAAGUUGGCCACUGAGGUAUCCGAGUUGAAGUUGGUGGCAAAGCGAUACUUGCAAGAUUAUGAAAAGGAGAGGAAGGCCAGGGAGCUUAUGGAGGAGGUGUGUGAUGAAUUAGCAAAGGAGAUUGCGGAAGACAAAGCUGAGGUUGAGGCUCUGAAGAGUGAAUCUAUGAAGAUGAGAGAUGAGCUGGAGGAAGAAAGGAAGAUGCUGCAGAUGGCGGAGGUUUGGCGCGAAGAGAGGGUUCAGAUGAAGCUCGUUGAUGCAAAGCUGACACUAGACAGCAAGUAUUCACAUCUGAGCGACCUUCAGUCUGAGGUUGAGGCUUUCCUCAGUUCCCACGGAGGCAAUACUGCAGAUAAAGAGAUGGUAAGAGAUGCAGAAAGGCUAAGGGAAGCAAUUUGCUCUAUGAAGUUUCAUGAUAUUAAGGAGUUCUCUUACAAACCGCCACCUGCGUCAGAGGACAUUUUUGCUGUAUUUGAGGAGCUCAGACAGAGGGAAGACACUGACGAGAAGGAGAUUGGGCAGUGUAAUGGAGAUAUCCCCAUCGGUCAUGCAACAAAGAUCCACACAGUUAGUCCUGAAACUGACAUCUUCCUGGAAAAACCAUCAAAGAGGUAUCCCCAUCAACCCUGUGCCAGAAAUGAAGAGGAAGAUGACAGCGGAUGGGAGACUGUCAGCCAUGUCGACGAGCACGGCUCGAGCAACUCACCAGGUGGGAGUGAACCAUCAGUCAACGGCUUCUGUGGAGGAAACGGCGCAUCGGUGAGCGGAACGGACUGCGACGACAAUUCUGAAAACUGCAGGUCCAUCAGCGGUAUCAGCGAAGUAUGUUCGACCACAGCAGAGAAGUACCGGAAGAGAGGGCCUUCUUUCGCCAGACUCUGGAGAUCAUCAAACAACGACAAUGGCCGCAAGAAAACAGGAUCAGAGUUGUUGAACGGGAUGCUCUCCAGCGGCAGAAUGUCGAACUCCGCUCUCUCGCCCACCCUGAAGGGCAGCGAGGUGUGCACGGUUUCGCCGAGCGUGGGCGAGUGGAGCCCGGAGCUGGUGAACCCCCACGUGGUGCGCGCGAUGAAAGGUCGCAUCGAAUGGCCCCAGGGCGCGAAGAAGCAGAGCCUGAAGUCCAAGCCUCUGGAUUCGAGAUUCGACGGCCGCAAGGUCCAGCUGCGCCAAGCGUUGAAGCAGAAGAUAUAGGAUGGCCCGGCCACACGCUGUAUCCUACUCGUAUUUCUGAAUAUAGGACGAUCUUGCCUUGUACACGGGGUGGGUGCCUGAUCUGGAAGAAGAAAUCACUUGUAGUAACAUUGGUCCCUGAAAUGGGUGCUAUCAUCGGCUGUACCUAAUUGAUGUUCUGAUAGCCCUUUAGCUCGCAUAGAAAAUUUCACGACGCCCUUGUAAUCAAAUGUAGUAUCAGUAGUAUUUUUCAAUCAAACGCAUUACUUAGGCA